AUGUCUCUGUACUCUUCUCUGCCUCAUAAUAUCAGUCAGAAUCUGACCAACUUCAGUGGAUCUCUUUUCAUCAGCACUAAAACUCGAGACUGUGGCAAAGGACAUAACAAUAUUUCAGCUAAUGAGGUGGUGUCCAGCUUACCCUUGCAGAUGACACUGUAUUUCAAUGUCUUCUUCUUUCCAUUCUGGUGGACAUCGGAAGUGACCAUGCUUCAACUUAAGUACAGCCUUUUACCAGGAUACUACCAGUGGUUGCUUUUGAUGGCUGUGACAAUUCUCACAUUAAUUGAAUGUGUCCGACUUUAUCUGGGCUACAUGGGAAACUUGCAGGAAAAGCUGCCAGAGUUAGCUGGAUUUUGGUUGCUAUCCUUUACAAUCCAGCUACCUAUUAUUCUCUUCUUCCUCACUGAUCCAUCUAUCAUCAUUUUACCCCUGGAGCAGACUAUUCACAUUCUCUACUUGACCUUCCUGGUUUUUGAAUUGGUUGUGGGAUUCCAGGCCCUAAGACAAAUGACAAACCACUUGGCUACACGCUUUUACCUUCAGCACUUUCAAAAGACAGAACAUUCACAACAGAACAAAAGGAGACAAGGAACAGGUAUUCGACAUGGAAGGAACUCUGUUUCCAAUGUUUAG